GUAGUGCGGGACCCGGUUGUAUAAUAGGAUAGCUGUGUCGGGGAGCUGGAGACCGGGGCAGGAGCGGAGGAGCUGCGCUGUGUUUUCUGGUGGAUUGGGAGAAUAUCUGGACUCUGAGCGGCUCGGGUUCGGUUUCUACGAUACGGCUGUGUGAAAUAAAACGUCUCCAACCCUGGAUAGACUCAAUCUUGUAGACUUGAAUGGACAGAGAGACCAAAAGUACGCAGAUUCAGUUAGGCUAAAUCAAACCUUUGGAAGUUACGUAAUGCCUGUAAAGAAGAAGAGAAAGUCCUCUGGUUCAGAAGACUCCAGCAUCAAAAAGUGUAAAAUCACCAGUUACUGCAGGACACAGACCCCUGGGAGAUUGAUAAAUCCAGAGGAUCAGUUCUCAAGCAAGAAGUGCCUCGCAUGGUUCUACGAGUAUGCAGGACCCGAUGACGUGGUUGGACCUGAAGGAAUGGAGAAGUUCUGUGAGGAUAUCGGCGUGGAACCAGAGAAUAUUAUCAUGUUAGUCCUAGCCUGGAAACUAGAAGCUCCAAAUAUGGGAUUUUUCACAAAAGAAGAGUGGCUCAAAGGAAUGACUUCACUGCAAUGCGACUGUACAGAAAGGUUACAAGGCAAGCUGGACUACCUGCGCUCUCAACUGAACGACCUGGCUGUGUUCAAAAACAUUUAUAGAUAUGCUUUCGACUUUGCCAGGGAUAAAGAUCAGCGUAGUCUAGAUAUGGACACAGCCAAAUCAAUGUUGGCGCUGCUGCUUGGAAGGACAUGGCCUCUGUUUCCUGUGUUUCACCAGUUUUUGGAGCAAUCCAAGUAUAAAGUCAUGAACAAGGACCAGUGGUACAACGUCUUAGAGUUUAGUCGCACUGUUAACCCAGACCUCAGUAAUUACGACGAGGACGGAGCAUGGCCGGUGAUGCUGGAUGAGUUUGUGGAGUGGCAGAAGGCCCGGCUGGCGUUAUAGCAGAAGCUGCAGAUGUAAAAAUUUAAGGGCAAAAAAGAAAAAGCACAUCAGUGGAUGCCCUCCCUCCACACCUUCCAGUCCUGACAUCAAACACACACACACACCUCUCCAGGACUGCCGCCAUGUUUCCUGAGCCGCUGGUGGACCCAUCACUACCCAGAGACUCUCACAGUGUUAAUUUAACUAUAAAAGGAAAACGUCAGAAAAGGGGAACUGUUUUUUCAUGUGUAUCGCAUCUGUUGCAGCAGUUACAUUGCCAGUUUUACGAUCUGGUGGAGGGGAGUCAUCAUGUAAUUUUUUUUUCCUUUCAUUUUUUGAGUUUUACCUUGUUUAUAGUGUUUUCAAAAAAUAAAAUAAAGGAAUUGUAUGUAAAUAUAA